GAAGGAGGGGCGGGGCAGCUUCCGGCCGCGCUGCAACGUCCGUUUCCGCUGUCUCCUCCUCUGCGACGUCGGCCUUAAGAUCGUAUUUCGUUUUUGCCCCGCUCCUCCCGGUCCGUUGCCCCCUUCGACUCCGGCACCAUGUUGGGAAUCCUCAGCUCAAUCCCCACGCAGAUGGAUUAUAAGGGUCAGAAACUAGCCGAGCAGAUAUUUCAAGGCAUCAUUCUGACUUCGGCUGUGAUCGGUUUUAUCUACGGCUAUCUGAUUGAAGAUUUUGGUUGGACCGUCUCCAUAGUGAUGGCGGGAUUUGUUGUUUCGUGCGUGCUGACUCUCCCUCCAUGGCCCAUGUAUCGCCGGCAUCCCUUAAAAUGGCUACCUGUUCAGGAUUCAGGAUAUGAAGAUAAAAAGUCCAUGGAUAGAAAAAGCAAAAGGCAGUCAAAAAGGGAGCUUCAGUAGUACAAUUUCCAGGAUUCAGAUCGCAAAGAAAAGUAGCAGUGGAUAGAAAAAAUGGUAGGCAAAAGGGAUAUUUUGUGGCGCAGCUUGACCAUUUGGAUUUUUUGUUAGCUAUACAGUUCUUUCAUUAAGCUUUUUCAUAAAACAUGUUAAAAAGCAUUCAAAUUUAAUGCAGAGCUGCCUUUAGUUUUAGUGUUCUAUAUAGUUUGCUACAGGUAUUUGGGCUUGUGUUAAUGAAUUCUUUUGGCCUUGAAGAAAGAAAAAUAUUAAAAUUAAAGUGUACCUGUAGUUCAUAGCACUGCGUGCAAAUUCAUGUUUUACAUUCAUGUGAAUAGUGAAGGAAAGAAUACCUUCCAGAAUAUUUUAUAAACCAUGUUUUGUGAAAUCUUAAAACUUCCCUGUGCUAGAAGUGUUUUUUCAAUAAAAAUGUCAUCGCUGAA